UAUAUACGGGUGCAAACACCACACCCUAAUUACCAACACAUCACAUCUCUCUUGCGGAAUAAGCUCUGUUAACGUUGCUAAUGGCGAUGAUUUACCUGCUAUUAGCUUCGCUAAUCGCCUCCCAUGCACAAGGCACGUUUGGUGAUCGUCCCUGGCCAACCUCCCUCACCGCGCUGGCGGCGGACGGCAAGCUCCGGACCGACAGCAACGCCAUCGUGCCGACCUCAACGGACUUCGGCAACAUCACGACGGCGCUGCCGGCGGCCGUGCUCUUCCCGGCGUCCUCGGGCGAAGUGGGUGCACUCCUGAGCGCGGCGUACUCCACCCCCGGGUGGCCGUACACCAUCGCGUUCCGCGGCCGCGGCCACUCCACCAUGGGGCAGGCCUUCGCUCCCGGCGGCGUGGUCGUCCACAUGCCGUCCCUGGGCGACGCCGCCCCGCGCAUCAACGUGUCAGAGGACGGCAGCUACGUGGAUGCCGGCGGCGAGCAGAUGUGGAUCGACGUUCUGCGCGCGGCGCUGGAGCGCGGCGUGGCGCCGCGGUCGUGGACGGACUACCUCCACCUCACCGUCGGUGGCACGCUCUCCAACGCUGGCGUCAGCGGCCAGGCGUUCCGGCACGGCCCCCAAAUAUCCAACGUGUACGAGCUGGACGUGAUCACCGGCAACGGCGAGAUGGUGACGUGCUCCAAGGAGCUCAACGCUGACCUGUUCGACGCGGUGCUGGGUGGGCUCGGUCAGUUCGGCGUGAUCACCCGCGCCCAGAUCGCGCUCGAGCCGGCGCCGGCGGGGGUGCGGUGGGUGCGGCUCGUGUACACCGACUUCGCCACGUUCACCGCCGACCAGGAGCGUCUCAUCUCCCCGCGGCCGGACGGCGCGUUCGGGCCGAUGAGCUACGUUGAGGGGUCGGUGUACGUGAACCGCAGCCUCGCCGGCGGACUGAAGGGCACGGGGUUCUUCUCCGACGCCGACGUCGCGAGGAUCAUCGCGCUCGCGGCGGAGAGGAACGCCACCGUCGUCUACAGCAUCGAGGCCACACUGAACUACUACGGCAACGCCACUGCUGCCUCGGUGGAUCAGGAGCUCAAGUCCGUGCUGGACGAGCUAAGCUUCGUGGAGGGGUUCGCGUUCGUGCGCGACGUGACGUACAUGGAGUUCCUGGACCGGGUGCACACCGAGGAGGUGGCGCUGGACAAGGCCGGGCUGUGGCGAGUCCCGCACCCGUGGCUCAACCUGUUCGUGCCGCGGUCGCGCAUCGCCGACCUCGACCGCGGCGUCUUCAGGGGCAUCCUCCAGGGCACCGACGUCGUCGGCCCGCUCAUCGUGUACCCCAUGAACAAAUCCAAGUGGGACGACGGCAUGUCGGCGGUGACGCCGGCGGAGGAAGUGUUCUACGCCGUGUCGCUGCUGUUCUCGUCGGUGGCGAACGACCUGAAGCUGCUGGAGGAGCAGAACCGGAGGAUCCUGCGGUUCUGCGACCUCGCCGGGAUCGGGUAUAAGGAGUACCUGGCGCACUACACGAACCGCGGAGACUGGGUCCGGCACUUUGGCGGCAAGUGGGGUCGGUUCGUGGAGAUGAAGGACAAGUACGACCCCAAGAAGCUGCUCUCCCCCGGCCAAGACAUCUUCAACUGAUCGAUCACCACUAACUCGCAUCAAAUUCUUGGGUUAAUAUCUUGUACUACAUAUGGAGUACCAAUUCAUCUAUACCAGAUGAUUCAUUACAAGGUCAUGUACGUGAUGUGAAUAAUAAUAAGGGGAAAUCA